GUCCCGCCCGGCUUCAACGAGGGAGAGAGAGAGGGAGACGAUGGAAGGGGAUCGCCGUUACGAUGGAGGCGCAGCGUCGCCUGCGUCGGUUUCCUCUGUAUCGAAGGCAGCGGAGAGGGAUGUCGAGGUGGAGGAUGAAGUCGCGGCGGGAGUGGCCGAGGGGGAGGAAGCUGAGAGUGAUCGAGAUGACGAGGGAUUGGAGCUAGGGUUGACGCUGGGGGCGGCGGGGAAGUGGAACCCUCCGCCGGUGCCGUGGAGUCCGUGCUUACGUAUCCUGACGGCGAAGGACCUUCCCUCCUUGGCGUCGCUUGCUCCCCCGAGGUCCCCUUCCGCCUCCUCCGUCUCGUCGUCCUCCGUCACCAACCUGAGAGGCGGAGGAACUGGGACAAAGCGAUCGGACGAGCCGGCUUCCCCGGAUUUCGGUGGGUCUCCUCAGCCUCCCAGUCAGAUGGUGGUGGGGUGGCCACCUAUCAGGGCAUUUAGGAUGAACAGCUUGUUCAACCAAUCCAAAGAGCAUACACCUGAGACUGCUGCUGUUGCUAUCAAGAAAAGUGUCAGCAAGGACCAGAACCGGAAGGAUCAAGGAGGCAGGAGAACGGAAAUGAGAAGUUCAAUGUUUGUUAAAGUUAAAAUGGACGGCGAUCCUAUUGGUAGGAAGGUGGAUCUCAACGCCCAUCACUCUUAUGAAGCUCUUGCAGUUUCUCUUGAGCUCAUGUUUCAGAAACCCACCAUGGCUACCAACCUUCUGGCCUCAUUUGUUGAUUCAGAUGGAGCAAUGUCUUUGAAGUCAUUGGAUAGCUCAUCUGAGUUUGCUCUUACUUACGAAGACAAAGACGGGGAUUGGAUGCUGGUCGGAGAUGUUCCAUGGGGCACCCAUCGGUUUAACUUCAUGAAAUACAGAAUGUUUGUGGAAACUGCCAAGAGACUUAGAAUCAUGAAGAUCUCUGAUGCAACUGGUCUUAGUAUAUGAAUUCUUUUUGGAAAGGUCAGCUGCAAUUCUUUGCUCUGGCUCUCAAUUCUGUAUCUCAAGUUAGUCGAACUCGAAUGCAGCACCAAGACUUAUCUUAUGAGAAGGCGCGUGAAUGAAGUCCCCCGGAACCAUAUCGAGGCACUAUGUGAAGGGGAAAAGGAGCAUAUAGAAGAAGAGAGGGUGAAUAUAAUAGAAGGAGAGGCAACCGAUCGAGUUUUCUUUGGACUUUGGAUCAUUGGUAUUGUUAUUUUUUCACUUCAGAAUCAGACAAUGAAAAUUACUCUUUUUUGCUAA